AUGAAGAACGAGUGCGUUGCCGUUGUUCUUGCCUGCCUUUUGCCUGUCAUGGGUGAUUGCAUGACAGCGGAGCCGCAAAAACUCUGCAUGUGUCCAAGAAAUUUCGAUCCCGAGUGCGGGGUUGACGGCGAGACUUACGCAAAUGAAUGCGCACGCGUUUGCGAAGGCACUGCCCUUGCUCACAAAGGCCCAUGCACUGAAGCAGAAGAAGAAGCCCGGACGGCUGAGCCUGUGGUUGACAAUGAAUCCCUCGAGGAUUGCAUCAGCAACUGCGACUGGAGUUUUAUGCCUAUCUGCGACGUCGCCGCCCAGACGUGGGGGAAUAUGUGCGAGCAAAAAUGUGGAGGCCGGCAACCCGCCCAUCCCGGACCUUGCACCCCACAGGAGAUUGAGACGGGCGCGGCCCCAGUCGGAUGGACAGGCCCUAGCUUGGACGACCUCACGAAAACGAAGAAAGUAGUUGCGACACUUGCAAAUGGAGAAACGAGGACGUGCGACUGCCCCGUUGUUUCUGCGUUCGUCUGUGGCAUGGACCAAAACACAUACGAUAACGAAUGCGUGCGCGACUGUCACGGCGCAAACCCUUAUCAUCCGGGACCCUGCAAGAAAUACGACUAUCCUUCGAAGAAGGAAGGCCAGGCGAACAAAGAAUGUCCGUGCGCCAAAUCGUUCACUCCUAUGUGCGGCGUCGAUAACAAGACAUACCAGAAUCUUUGUUUCCUGCAAUGCUAUGGCAUCUCGAAGCUCCACGAUGGCACGUGCUGGAACAGAUUGGAGGAUCAGGCCUAA